AUGGCACCCCCUCCGACCUAUCCAUAUGGCAUAUUCGCUAGGUAUAACCCACAAGCCGUCUAUGCUUAUCAUUCAGGGGCACCCGGACAUUCAACUGUUGAUUGCAAGGCUCUUAAGCAUAGAAUUCAAGAUAUGAUUGAAGCCGGAGAGAUUGUAAUCAGGAAAAGGGAGGCACAAGGGCCGAAUAUAAAUAGGAACCCCUUGCCGGAACAUACUAAUAUCAUUGGGGUCAUUCUGGACGACGCAGAGUAUGAGGAGCAAGUCCAAAAAUUGGCAAGAGAAGUUGAGGUGUUUGGGGUCACAGACCAACCAUUUGUAAUAGAUGUGUCAUUUGAGGAGGAUAAAAGGUCUUUUAUUUUGGAUCUUACUCUAGCUGAGAGCGAGACUUUGGAGCCAGUGGUCAUCGAAUUCCCAGAGCAGGAGCCUGUUCUAAGUUUGCAGCGAGUGCCAUGGAACUACGAUAAACCUAUCAUACAAAUUGGAGAAAAGUCAGUUGCCAAAGAAGAGGUGUCAGUGGUCACUAGAUCAGGGAGGAUUGCAAGUCCGUUUGGAGCUACCGUUCCGAUUCAAACAAAUAAACCUGAGCUGCCCGCUAAACCAACAAUUACUGAGAAGGAAGUCUUGAAUUUUCUUAAAAGGCUCCAAAGAAGCGAAUAUAAUGUAGUCGAGAAGCUAAGCAAGUCGCCCGCCCAAAUAUCCAUGUUGGAUCUGCUCUUUUCUUCGGAUAUGCAUAGGGAUGCGUUGCUCGAAGUGUUGACUAAAGCUCAAAUCCCUAAGGACAUUUCAGUUGCUAAUUUCUCACAUAUAGUUGGGAGUGUGUUAUUUACAAAACAAAUCACUUUCUCUGAUGAUGAAUUACCGGCAGAAGAACCUAUAGGAGAAGUGGAUUUAGUAGUCGAGAUGGGGCCCGCACAGUUUCAAAUAGCCUGCCAAGUUAUGCACUUUCCUAGUGUUUACAAUGUUUUGCUUGGAAGGCCGUGGAUUCAUAAGUCCGGAGCUGUGCCUUCUUCAUUGCAUCAAUUGUUGAAAUUCAUAGUAAAUGACAAAUUGAUAACUAUAUUUGCCGAGGAAGAUUGCCUCGUGAUUGCUAAUUCUGGGUCCAAAGAAGAUGGUAGCCGAAACGCCACAGUGACCCCUCAUAGCACAGCUGAUAUCGUCUCCGUAAGUUGGAUAACAAAAGAGGAACGAGCUCUGUCAAAGGCCAGUGUCAUGAUGGCUAAGGAAAUGAUCCGCGGAGGAUAUGAGUUUGACAAAGGGCUGGGACGUGAUCUACAAGGAAUUCUGAAACCAGUAAAAAUUGUGGAGAAAAAGGAUUCAUUCGGUUUGGGUUUCCGACCAACCGCUAAAAACAUCAAAAAAAUGAAGGAAUGCAAGGGAGUAGAGAAAGAAGGCAGGCAAAAGGCCUUUGAUAUUCCACCAUUACAUUAUACUUUUCCACGACCAAUCGAGGAGAUGCUUGAAUUCUUGACUGUGUUCCAGGAUGUAUUUGCAUGGUCCUAUGAUGAUAUGACUGGUAUUUCAACUGAUGUGGUAGUGCAUAAGUUGCCCACAGACCCUACUUUUCCACCCGUAAAACAAAAAUCCCGAAAAUUCAAACCAGAUAUGAGCCUCAAAAUAAAAGAGCAAAUCGAAAAACAACUCAAAACCAACAUUAUCAUUGUUUCCCAUUACCCUAUUUGGCUUUCGAAUCCAGUCCCUGUUCCAAAAAAGAAUGGAGAGGUACGAGUUUGUGUUGAUUACAGAGACCUCAAUAAGGCCAGUCCUAAAGAUGAUUUUCCUCUGCCAAAUAUUCACAUUCUCCUGGACAAUACCGCUGGGCAUGAGAUUGAAUCUUUUUGUGAUUGUUUCGCUGGAUACCACCAGAUUUUGAUGGCAGAAGAGGAUAGGGAGAAGACUGCUUUUAUCACCCCUUGGGGCACAUUUUGCUACCGAGUGAUGCCAUUUGGUUUAAAGAAUGUCGGAGCUACUUAUCAAAGGACCAUGACCACCCUGUUUCAUGAUAUGAUCCACCGGGAGAUGGAGGUCUACGUGGAUGACAUCAUAAUCAAGUCUAAAAGAGCAGAGAACCAUUUGGUUGAUUUGAAGAAGCUGUUCGAAAGGUUGCGAAAGUACAAUUUGAAGCUAAAUCCUGCGAAAUGCGCCUUUGGGGCACCAGCUGGUAAAUUGUUGGGCUUCAUUAUUAGUAAGAGAGGCAUAGAGAUAGAUCCAGCAAAAAUUAAGGCAAUUCGAGAUAUGCCAGUGCCGAAAACUCAGAAAGACGUGAAAAGUUUCUUAGGAAAGAUCAAUUUUAUUGGGAGAUUCAUUGCCCAGUUGACUGCCACAUGCGAGCCGUUGUUCAAAUUGUUGAGAAAGAAUGUGCCUUUGUACUGGAGUGAAGAAUGCCAACAAGCUUUUGAUAAAAUCAAGGACUAUUUGUUACAUCCGCCAGUCUUGGUGCCACCCAAGCCAGGUCGACCAUUAAUCAUGUACCUAUCUGUGCUUGAAGAAGCAGUUGGUUGUGUCCUCGGGCAGCAUGAUGACUCUGGAAGGAAGGAGCAAGCCAUUUACUAUCUAAGCAAGAAGUUCACGCAGUAUGAGGCUAAUUAUUCAUUCAUUGAGAAAAGCUGCUGUACAUUGGCCUGGGCUGCUCAAAAGCUGAGACACUACCUGUUGAGCCAUACCACUUAUCUUAUUUCCCGAUCUGAUCCUUUGAAGUAUCUCUUGGAGAAGCCGAUGCUAACUGGACGUCUGGCUAAAUGGCAGAUAAUUCUCUCAGAGUUCGAUAUUGUUUUCACUUCACAGAAGGCCGUCAAGGGGCAAGCUAUAGCUGAUCAUUUGGCAGAAAAUCCAAGGGAUGAUGAUUAUCAACCACUUCAUACUUAUUUCCCUGAUGAGAAAGUCUUAUUUGUAGGCGCCACGGACGAUAUAAGUGAGCAAAGCCCUGAAUGGAGGCUUUUCUUCGAUGCCAAAUUGCAAUUUGCUUGUACAAACAACAUGGCUGAAUAUGAAGCCUGCAUUUUUUGUCUCAAAAUUGCUUUAGAAAUGGAAAUCAAAGAGUUGAUAGCUUUCAGUGAUUCAGAUUUGCUCGUGCACCAAACCUUGAAGCAGUGGAUAACCAAGGAUUCAAAAAUUUUGCCCUACCAUAGUAGUUUGCUCACUCUGGCAAAGCAAUUUCAAAAUUUGGAGUUCAGACAUCUCCCGCGAGCCCGAAACGCAUUUGCUGAUGCUUUGGCCACCUUAGCCUCUAUGAUCCAGUAUCCAGAUGAAUUGAGGAUCGAACCAAUUCAGAUUCAACUUCAAGACAAGCCUGCCCACUGUUGGGUUGUAGACAAGUCCUCUGACAAUAUUCCUUGGUAUAAUGAUAUUAAGGAGUUUCUCAAAACUGGGUCUUACCCUCUGUAUGCUAGUACAAAGGACAAGAGUUUUCUGCGUAGAAUGGCUUCAAAUUUUUUCUUAAGUGGAGAAGUUUUGUAUAAACGAACCUCAGAUUUGAACCUGUUAAGGUGCAUUGAUGAAGACGAAGCUCAAUAUAUGAUGAAAGAAGUGCAUAGUGGCGUUUGUGGACCUCACAUGAAUGGCCAUUUGCUAGCAAAGAAAAUCAUGAGAACCGUCGCCCCAUGGCCCUGUUCAAUGUGGGGUAUGGACGUGAUUGGUACAAUUGAUCCGCCCGCCUCGAAUGGACAUCGAUUUAUAUUGGUGGCAAUUGAGUACUUUACCAAAUGGGUUGAAGCGGAGUCAUUCAAACAUGUAACGAAGAAGGUAGUUGCCAAUUUCUUGAGAGAUCACAUCAUCUGUCGCUUUGGGGUACCCGAAACGCUUAUUACAGACAAUGCCAAGAAUCUGAACAAUGACAUGGUAGAUGGACUAUGUGAGCAGUUCAAGAUCAAACACCGCAACUCUGCCAUUUAUAGGCCUCAGAUGAAUGGAGCUGUAGAAGCCGCAAACAAGAAUUUGAAGAAGAUACUCAUGUAUGGAAUGGAAGCUGUAUUACCAGCUGAAGUUGAAAUUCCUUCGCUACGAAUCCUCAUGGAAGCUAAAUUGGAGGAGGCUGAUUGGAUAAAGCAGCGCCAUGAGCAAUUGACUUUGAUCGAUGAAAAGCGGUUCAAUGCUAUCUGUCAUGGUCAGUGCUACCAGAAACGUGUGGCCCGGGCUUACAACAAAAAAGUCCAUCGGCGUGCAUUCGAAGAAGGUGACAAAGUACUAAAGCGAAUUUUGCCAAUGCAAGAUGAGGCUAAAGGCAAAUUUGCUCCAAAUUGGCAAGGGCCGUUCAUUGUCCAAAAGGUAUUACCUGGCGGAGCACUUAUUUUGGCAGAAAUGGAUGGACGAACAUUCCCUCAACCCAUCAACUCAGACAUGUGCAAGAAGUUUUUCAUUUGA